CAGAAUAAAGGGAAUUGUGCUAGAAUUAAGCAAUGGAUAGCCAACCUGAGUCUCCACUCAGCAACACAGCCGAGGCUAAAGAACCCCCUGAGAAGAACCCACCAGACCCAAAUCGCCCUUCAGCCCGGCAUAGUUUAGCUUCAGACAUUCCAAUGGGCAGACGAAGACCCUCGUUUCUGUGCCUCAAAAUUCCAGAUAGAAGCGAAACCAGUUCUUCUGUGUCGGCUUCCUCCAGUUGGAGGGGCUCUUUGACCCAUUUGGGGUUGCCCUUGUUCACCCUCACAUCCCCCGAUGGUGACACUGGACGAAAAUUCAGUUUCGGUCUCGGUUUAAGAAGACAUUCCCACAACACGCUGCAUAAGACAGAGUCCAUGGUAUCGCUAUGCUUCCAGUCUCUGGUAUCCUUCGUCAAUAGUGAUAAUUUACCAGGACUUCAGUCCUUUCUGGAAACCAAACAACUUCAGAUAGAUGACAAAGACGAAAAUGGCACUACAGCUCUUAUGGUGGCUGCUACCAAAGGGAAAGGAGCUUUCGUUAAAGAGUUGCUCGCUCACGGUGCAGAUCCAAACGCCGAAGACAACGACAAUUGGUCUGCCCUACUUUGCGCUUCAAAAGAAGGGCAUUAUGAUAUAGUUUUGCAACUUUUGGAGCACAAUGCGGAAAUUGAUCAUCGAGACAUGGGUGGAUGGACGGCGCUUAUGUGGGCAACAUACAAAGGACACACGAAUGUUGCCAUUCACUUGCUGGAUAGAGGGGCUGAAGUUAACUCACAUGGAAACUUUCAUAUUUCGUCGCUAUUGUGGGCUGCUGGCCGAGGAUAUUUAGAGAUCACUAAGUCACUGAUAAAUCACGGAGCCAAAGUGAAUGUUGGGGACAAAUAUGGAACUACUGCCCUCGUUUGGGCCAGUAGGAAGGGAUAUACGGAAAUCGUUGAGCUGUUGCUCAAAGCCGGUGCUAACGUAGAUACGGCCGGUAUGUAUUCGUGGACUCCUUUGAUAGUGGCGACUUAUGGGAAUCAUGUGGAUGUUGUCAAUGUUCUUCUUGAACACAAGCCCAAUGUUAAUGCUUUGGACAAGGAUGGCUGCAGUCCUUUGACUAUUGCUUGCAAGGAAGGAUAUUACGAAAUUGCUAGCGCUCUUCUGACUGCAGGAGCCUAUAUCAAUAUCCAAGACAGAGUAGGAGAUACAAAUCUCAUUCAUGCAGUCAAGGGUGGACACAAAAACGUAGUGGAGGCUUUAUUAAAAAAAUACGCAGACGUAGACAUAGUUGGCAAGGAUCGAAAAUCAGCUAUCUAUGUGGCUGUUGAGAAAGGGAACGUUAGUAUAGUUAAAUUGCUGAUAAGUCACAAUCCCGACUUAGAAAACGCCACUAAAGACGGAGAUACACCUCUGCUGAAAGCUGUUAGGAAUCGUAACGCCGAGUUGGUGCAGUUGCUUCUGGAGAAAAAAUCCAAAGUCUCGGCUACAGACAAGAAAGGGGAUACCGUUCUGCAUAUUGCAAUGAGAGCGAGAUCCAAAGCGAUAGUGGAAAUUCUAUUAAGAAACCCCAAACAUAGUCAGUUAUUGUAUCGCCCGAACCGAGCAGGAGAAACACCAUAUAAUAUUGACAUGAAUCAUCCUAAAACCAUACUGGGUCAAAUAUUUGGAGCUAGACGAUUAAACACCAAUGAGGAUAACGAGAAUAUGUUAGGCUACGAUUUGUAUAGUAGUGCAUUGGCUGAUAUUUUGAGCGAACCUAGUUUAUCAAUGCCGAUCACUGUUGGACUAUAUGCGAAAUGGGGCAGUGGUAAAAGCUUUUUACUAAAAAAAUUACGAGACGAGAUGAAAAACUUUGCAAAAGAGUGGGUUGACCCAGCGUUUCAAUUUAGCACAUUGUUGUUUUCAAUAACAUUACAUCUAUCAAUCAUUGUUGCCACCAUUGUCUAUAUAGUUAUAGAAACCACCACAAAAGACCAACAGCCUGAAAUGUGGUCUUUUGGGGUUGGUGUUACAUUUUUCUCAUUGUGCUUUCUUUUCUUGUCCUUUAUUUGGUUUGCCAGCAAAAGCUAUGAUUGGGAUUGGCCGUAUAAUUUUAAUAUUAAAUUAACCAGGAAAUUGACCAAUCUCAAACUGGUAUUGGAAAUAUUGUUUUGUCACCCACCAGGUGCUUCAACUCAAGAUGGAAUGUCUGCACAACCAAUACGAUUCUAUUUCACCGACCAAACCAGGGUGAGCAGUACCACCGGUGGUGAAAAUUCGGUUGUUCAAAUGAUCGGAUCUCUAUAUGAUUCAAUAGAAAGCCGCUAUGGAACUCUAUCCACUCGACUUUACAGAGCUUUCAAGCCAAAGCCUGUGAAAUCGUCCUCGACAUGGACCUGGAGGAAAAUGUGUUGCGUGCCAUAUAUUAUUAUAUUUGAAGUCACCUUUUGCAUGAUAAUUGUGGGAGUAAAUGCAUUAACCUACUACUUAAAGAGAAUAUAUUCUGAGACAUCUGAGGAUCUUAGCGUAGCCAAGCCUUCCCUCGAAAUAAUCCUCAUAGGCGCAGCUUUGUUAUUGGCAGUUGCUACUGUAGCUAAUGCGUACACUUGGAGCAAACUGUUCAUGUCCGUGCUGUUUUCCCAGAGGAGGCAUUUGCAGAGGUCGAUUACAAAUUUGGAUGUUUUGAAAAGCGAGGGACUUUUGCAAGCGUUACGGCAAGAGGUGAAUCUCAUGAAGGAUAUGGUAAAAUGCUUGGACGGCCUCAGUGCAGAACAAACCAGAUUAGUCAUAAUUGUUGAUGGACUGGACAGCUGUGAGCAGGAGAAGGUUUUACUCAUCCUAGAUACGGUUCAUAUGCUCUUUUCCGACGCCAAUUCACCUUUCAUUGUCGUACUUGCAAUUGAUCCUCAUGUAAUUGCUAAGGCGGUGGAAAUGAACGCUCGACGACUUUUUACCGAAACCAACAUAGGGGGUCACAGCUACUUAAACAACAUGGUCCAUCUACCAUUCUACCUACAAAAUUCAGGCCUCAGAAAAGUUAAAGUGGCUCAGCAAACUUCUGCAGCCCAUAGGAAAGCUCAAGGAAGCGCCGGGGGAUGGUCCGAAAACGAUGAGAAUUUAAAUACAUUCCUUGCUCGAUCUUCUUCUAAUCGUCGGCUAUCCAAUGAGAAUACGCUGGUUUCAGCUAGCAAGGAAAACUUAAAAUAUGCGGGCGCUAGAAAGGGAUCGAGAAAGCUGAAACUCUCAGACUCAGUAGCUAGUUCCAUUGGAUCGAAUCUCAAUAGGAUAGGUGGAGCUCAAGAUUUGACUAAGAUGCUCCUCACAGAUGACUAUUUCAGUGACGUGAAUCCGCGGUCAAUGAGAAGACUGAUGAAUGUUGUAUACGUUACAGGUCGUUUGCUUAAGGCCUUCCAAAUAGACUUUAACUGGUAUCGAUUAGCUUCGUGGAUCAAUAUAACGGAACAGUGGCCGUUUAGGACUUCUUGGAUCAUUUAUCACUAUGACCUCUACGAGGAUCAAUUAGAGGAUAGUACGCCUUUGAAGUCGAUAUAUGAUAAAAUACGUCCACUUAUUCCAUCCAUUAAAGAUUCGGAACCGUUACUCGAAUUGGAUAGGGAUGAAAAGAAAUUUGAUAUAUUCCUAACAUUUCACAGAUCUAGCUUAUUGGUCAGCGACCUGAAAAUAUUCCUGCCCUUUACUAUUAAUCUAGAUCCUUAUUUAAAGAAAGUGAUAAAAGAAGAGACACAAGGCUUAGAUGAGGAUGGACUGUUUAUGCCUGUUCGGCCGCAAUAUCCUACCCAGGCGCAGCAUCCGAUGCAAACUUGGACCAAUCAAAUGUCGGCAGAUUGGGGAGCUUCUUCUAGGCCGUAUAUGAAUUGUGUUAAUAUGCGUGAGAGGCGUCAGAUUGUGAACUUAUCAAAAGUAGGCCCUCCUCCUGGCUUACCAUACGGACAAGUAGGCGCCAUUCAAUCACCUUGGGCCCAGUUUGAUCCAUUGGGAAGUGCCGCCAGUGUUUCCAGAGCUUCCUCGGGACUUCCACCUGUAACGCUUCUAGAACAUGAAUCGAUGAGUAUGAGGCUUUCAACUUUAAAUGUGGAAGGAGUUUGUAAGUUAUUGUCUUCCCUGGAAGAUCUGAAUCAGACCGUCGUGCCGAAAUACAUUCGGCUAAUCAAGGAGAACAACAUCAAUGGAAAAGUGUUGCUACAUUGCGAUUUGGAUGACUUGAAGAAGUUAUUGCAAAUGUCUUUUGGAGACUGGGAAAUGUUUAAAGUAACCCUGAUUCAAUUGAGAGAGUACGAGAUAGCCAGUAUAUUUCAGCAGAACGAUGUGCCUCAGACCGUUCCUCGAAAACCUGAAAGAAAAACAAGCGUAAAAGGCAGUAACAGUGGAGUAGAUAAAGCCGACAGCAAAAUGCAAACUGAAGUUCCUAGAGAAAGAAAACAAAGUGUCAUUGAGAAACAGGUUACGCUUGAAGAGCAAAUGAUUUGCGGCGCAUUGCAAACUCUGAACGAAGAAGCGUGCGAAGACGUAUUUGAGGAAACUGAGGAGGCGCAAGUGAUAAUUGAUCAAGAGCUACCACAAACCACAGUGAUACCGCCCAGUCCUGAUUGUCCUCAAGAUAAUCAAGUCGCUGCGCUCUCUCGUGGAAACCGAUCUCGUACCAACAGUUCUUCAGGUAUAGGUGAGACCGAUUUCGUGCUUUUACAAUCAUCGCCCGUCGGUCACAUGCAUUGGCAGCCAGUCGGAAUAUCUAUAGCUGGAUAUUCGGAAAGCCUGAGCGGUAAUAGUUCUAGAUGUAAUUCUCAGCCACCCUCUCCAGUACAAGAACGUCGCUACUCCAACGGCAAUAAGACCACUAUAAAAUAUGCUCAAGAAAUUCCAAACAGAGGCAGGCAUGUGGUGAUUAAAACGGAUUCAGAUGCCCAAAGAGUCAGUAUUUCCAGCAAUAAUUCCACGGUUGUUUAUGAGAGCUCGAGCAAACAGCCAGAUUGUCCUCAGCCGCGAAUGGCCACUCAAAGGCCUAGUAGUUUGUCUUUAGGACAGAAAGAACCGAAUCCACAUAGGCUGGCUCUGAGAAAUCGGUCUAAAAGUAUCGACAAUAGUAACCACUUCCGCAAAGAUCGUUCCAGAGAGAGACUGUCUAGUAGAGAGCGCUUGCAACGUUUCAAGGAAAAGCUGCUGCAAUCAAGUCCGGAUUUGAAUGAGACUAGCGAUGAGAGCACUCCAUUGGUCUCCGAAGUUUCCUCACCAUCUAACAAGUCAGGGCAAAGCUCUGGCUCGAAAACCAGUUCAGAUAGAUGCCAAGCAUCUCCAACGAAUGCAACCCUCGAUAGGGACAUUAAAAAGCACACGAGAAGCGAACAAAAUUUAACAGAUUCGCCGGAUUACUCCCCAUUCCAUCCCUCUAUAACCGACUGUGAUUAUGAUAGGGAUUCGAAUACACAUGGAACGACCCACGCACUAUCUCCAGACCGUUACCAGGCGCGAUCCAGAACUUUGUCCGAAAACUCCGAUAGUUCUUUGACGGCUUUCCUGCCCGAUGGUCAUACCAAAGACGAUUUGACUAACAGCAAUUACAGCUUGCAAAGUUUAUCUUCGGGUUCCGGACACUUGUCUAGACAAAAUGCGCUUGAUUCCGAAGAGAAUCUCACCGAUGUGUAUUGCAAUCCAUCUAGAAUCAAUUGAAAUCAGUUUGGUUUCAAUUGGGGUAUUUUUUGAAGCGCAAAUAGUAACUUCUUUUGAAAACGCCAGUCAAUUGGCUGCGGUACUUAAAUAAAUGUGAUGGUGAAGUAAGAUUAUUGUUAGCAAUCCGAGCGAGUAUUAGUUGUAGAUUUAGCGAUAUUUGGCAAAUGGUAUCUAAUAAAAAGGACAACUAGUUACAAACACA